CCGAGCGCGGCGUGCGCGCACACGUAUGUAUAUGUUUAAAACUCGUCGGUACACGCACACAUGUGCCCACAAUUGUACCAGAGCGAGAGAGAGAGAAAUAGGGAGAUAGAGAGAGAAGGAGAAACGGACCAAGCGAACGCCGUUACGAUAAAAGAGAAGUUCGUUUUUCGGAGAGGGUAUUCGGAGAGCGUUCAAUGGUCGGGGCAGCUAUGCGCCACGCUAACGUCGCCGUCGUCGUCGCCGUCGUCGUCGUCGUAGGACAACCUACGUAGCUAGUUCGGAGGGGCUCGGACGCACACAGGAGUUCAAGCCAAGCCUUGGUGCCUGCUAGUUAAUAAACGUACACGAGUACGCGCGCGCGCGCCUCGCGAUUUCCAUCGUCGUCGGUCUACGUAGUCACGUCGUUGUCAUCAUCAUCAUCCGUCGUUGGGGCCAUCUCUCCAUCUUUACCCGUGACCUCCGUCGUUUUUUUUCGUGAAAAAUGACCAUAAUAGUAUUUCUAAUUGACACGUCGGCCUCCAUGAAUCAGAGGGCAUAUCUGGGCGGUCGUCCUACCCUCUUGGACGUAGCCAAGAGCGCUGUGGAGACUUUCGUGAAGGUACGGCAAAGAUCGCCAGAAAGCCGCGGGGAUCGUUACAUGCUUCUGACCUUCGAAGAACCACCUCAGAAUAUCAAGGCAGGAUGGAAGGAGAAUUUGGCAACCUUCAUGAACGAACUCAAGAACUUGCAAUGCGUCGGUUUAACGACGUUAGGUGCGGCUUUGAAGCACGCCCUGGACGUGCUGAACAUAAAUCGCAUGCAAACCGGCAUAGACACUUACGGCCAGGGAAGAUGUCCAUUUUAUCUAGAACCGUCCGUUAUAGUUGUUAUAACAGAUGGGGGAAAGUACACGACGAACAGUGGAGUGCAUCAAGAUUUUACAUUACCGAUGCAUUCCCCGAUACCGGGCUCUGAAUUGACAAAGGAACCGUUCAGAUGGGACCAAAGAUUAUUUUCUUUAGUAUUGCGUUUAUCAGGCACGCCAGCUGUUGAACGGGAUAUCGGUUUAGUGGCGAGCGACUCCUCGCCGAUAGACGCAAUGUGCGAAGUAACCGGAGGUCGUUCGUAUUGCAUCACGUCGUUCAGAAUGAUGAUACAGUGUAUAGAUUCCUUAGUGCAAAAGGUUCAGUCAGGUGUGGUGAUAAAUUUUGAGAAAAUCGGUCCGGAUCCGCCGCCGUUGACGAACGAGGCGCCUCAACAUCAGGAUGAGGAGGAGAACGAGGAUGAGGGUAACGCGGCGAACGGACCGCGCGCGCAGUAUCCGAACGCGUUGGCACCCGGCAACACAGCCUGGUACUCAUGCAGACGUUUGAUUUACGUGCCGCGGUCGGCUCAGAAGGGAUUCGCGGUGGGGUUCUGGCCGAUUCCCGAGAGUUUCUGGCCGGAUCUUAGCGCAAGUUCAUUACCCCCGAGAUCCGCGCAUCCCAAUGUCAAGUUCACAUGCACCAGUCAGGAGCCGAUGGUGAUCGAGAACCUACCGUUUGAUAAGUACGAGCUAGAACCCAGCCCGUUGACGCAAUACAUUCUGGCGCGGCGACAACCAACGACGUGCUGGCAGGUGUUCGUCGCUAAUUCGUACAAAUCGAGCGACGUGGGCCAUCCGUUCGGCUAUCUAAAAGCGAGUACAAAUCUAACUUGCGUGAACCUCUUUGUCAUGCCUUACAACUAUCCCGUGCUAUUGCCUCUGUUAGAGGAACUCUUCAAGGUUCAUAGACAAAAGCCGACUCCGGAGUGGAGAGCGCAGUUUCAAGGUUACAUAAGGACGAUGCCCACGUACUACGCCGCGUCACUGAGGAGAGCGUUGACAAGAAUGGGUGCGUCCGCACCUCUGGCACAAACGCUGAUACCGGAUAAUAUGGAUAAUUCUUUAUCGUACAGUGUCUUGAAUUAUCUGAAGCGGUUGAAAAAUCAGGCCAAGAUCGAAUUCGAUCGGCUCUGCAGCGAAGUCAUUUCCAAGCAGGUCGUCGCCUCGAAUCUAACGAAAAAUUUAUCUAGCGGUACGAAUGCAGUAACGGAAGGUGUUAGAGUAAUACCGAAGACGCCUCUGAAGAAGGAUUUGGUGUCUCAUCCUUUAUUGCAAGACAAGUUCACGAGUCUCCGCGAUCAGCUGAACGAGUUCGGAGGCUUCGUGGUUGGGCUGGUGAAAAAUCAGCAACAGCAACGAGGCGCGCACAGUUACAGAAACGCGUUCGACGUGCCGAGAAAGUCUCUGCUCGAUCAGGUCGUAAGAAUGCGCGCAAAUUUUUUACAACCUGGCUUGUUGCAUACGAAAUUACUUGACGACGAUUAUGUACACUCAAUGCCUCUAGCCCAGAUGGGAAAUUAUCAGGAAUAUUUAAAACGUAUGACACCGCCGUUGAGAGAAAUAGAAAGCGUACCAGUGAGACAGCACAUGUUCGGUAAUCCUUUCAAGAUAGACAAGAGAAUGAUGGUGGACGAAGCUGAUAUCGAUAUAGUCGGCGCGACGUCUUCAACGACGAAAGGAGGUCUGAAGCGCAGUUUGCCGCAGUCAGACAGCGGAGGAUCGUCUUCUCCGAGACCGCCGCCUAACAAACGGAAGCCCGGACCUAUACCAAAGGACGUGAUCGUGCGACGACCUUCGUACUCGCCAAUCAACACGCCACCGAGUUCUCCUAUUCCGUGGCUAAUAGAAGACGCUAAGAAUCAGCUGGUGACACCGACUGACACGAGUCUCCCGCCCGUCCUGACCGGUAAUCUGCCGAACGCGUCGCCGGCUCAUACUGGUUCAGUGCCGAGUUCGAGCGCGCCGGAAAAGUUGAUGAACGGUCUCGCGGAAAUGCCGACCAUACCGGUGUUCGAACCAAUUCCGGUGGAGCACAUUAACAAUCAUAUGGACACGCCGCCCGUUUUAACGCCGAUAGUCAACAAUGUCGACACUACGCCCAAAACCGACGUCAGAAGUGAACGGACAGACAGCGUGCGGAACGAGUGCAAUCGAUUGCCGAUUAGUAACGAUAGUAUCGAGAACAGUGUGCGCGUUGUCGACAACGUUGUCGAGGAGAAAUUAACGAAUCACGUGGAGGAGAGGCGCAAGACGAAGCCGGAGAAGGAGAAGAAGCUGACGAAGAAGGAGCUGGAAGACAUCAAGCGGCACAAUUUGAACAUUCGGGAACUGGUUUACAAGGAAGUGCGGAGAAGAGGGACAAAUUACAAUACGCUGUUCUCGCACUUACAUCAAGUUCAAGGAAGUCUGUACAUAAGACUCGCGUUCGUGAAAGACAUAGUCAGGGAAUCGUUGCGCUUCAAACGACGUAAUCUGGCGUCGCUAUUGGAAGAAUAUCUUAACACCUUAUCAACGGACGACGCGAUAUUGCGUCAAAACGAAUAGCGACACGUAUGUACAUCCGAUCCAAGUUUUUGUUGAAGAUUUCAACGCGGAUCUUGUAUAUUUAAAAACGCGCGUAACGUUUUACAUAUAUACAUUGAGCAUAAAAUUUAAUUUAUUUUUAUGUAAGUUUAAUGACCGUGUACAUUUUUUACUUUCUAUAUCAAGCGAGCACGAAAUCGAUCUAGCGUGUGAUUAUCGAAGAUAACUUCGUUGAUAAGGUGUUAAAAAUAUCAUCUGACAGCGAGAUGAUAAUCAAGCAAGCUGUGUCCGAACGAAUUUUGAUUGCGCGAGAGCACAAUCGAUCGCACAGAAAUUUCGAACGUAUUGUACGCCAUUCUUGCAGACCGUGAAGUGAAAGAAAAAAAAACGUAGUAAUUUGUUUGCGAAAUCUGAUAUAGCUGCUGUAUAGUGAUCGAACAGCAAUAUUCGCUCGCAUGUACACGUAUCGGAUUCCAUUUGCAUUUUCUCGACUGAUAGUCUCUUGUUUGGAAACUGAAAUCAAAUUCAGUUUUAAAUCGUACGAUAUUUCGAACGUUAUGAAUAUCAUCAUGUACAGUGUGACAACAUAAUGUAAAAAAAAAAAAGGGAAAAAAGUACAUCGAAAUUCUUAUCUCUCACGCGCAUGCUUGCAACGUAAUUGUUAACACGUGUACAUACGUUAACGCGGUUUGUUUUAUUAUUAUUAUGUCGUGUAUUUUUUCUCUUUUCUUUUUUUUUGUAAUAUCGGAAUUUGGAGACGUGUCUGACAAUUGUCUGAAUUAUAUGCGGCGUGCGAUUUGAAUGGUCUUGGAUGCUGGCGUGCAAGACAACAAAAGUUCAUGUAUGAUCCGAGAUUAAAAUCAACAAAAUAUACACAAGUGCAAUAUUAACAAACGACCGUUAAUCCCUCUCGUCGUCCAGUCCUCAACACUUUAAUGUCAACAUUAAAACGAUUAUAUAUAAUGUGUUCCCCCGUUUAUUCUCUUGUACACUUUUUAUGUGUAUUUUCCACACAUAGUUCUUAAAUUUGUCUUUAUGAAUCACACUUCUCUUAAUUGUUUAUACUUUCAAUAAAAUGUCACACAGUUUAAACGCAGUAUCUAUAAAAUUUCGUUCUAUUUUUUUGGUUUUUUUGUUAACAUUACAAAAGCAAAUUCGAGUUUUUAUCAACGAUCCGUUUUACGUACACAAAAAAAUUGCACUUGUUCAAUUCUUUUCAUUAAAUGUGACGAAUAUUUCUAUAGCUGUGUGCGUGUUGUUUGAUGUGUGAGGAAAAAAGGAUGUGUAUUGUAAAUUUUGCUCUGCAUUAUAAAGGAACUUUAUUGCGCAUUUAAUAGUGUAAUUUAAAACGAAAGUGUGAAAUAUUAAAAAAAAAUAUCAAACGUCAAACUUUGUUGCAGGAGAAGUUUUUCUCUCUCUUUUAUGUGAGUUA